CUGAGGCGUAGAGGGAUCGGAGAGUUUUGAUGCUUCGGGAGAGUGCUCUGACAGUCGGAAGCACCGCAUAAGUUUAUUUUUCACCUGUGUUUUGAAAGAAAAUUAUUGGAAUAGACCGAAAGGAAUGGAUUUCACGAUACCCCACCUCUGCUGUGUAUUGAUUAGUCUUAUCGCAGGUGUAGCCCAUGGCCUGGAGAUCACGUCCCAGGGACCCACGUCCAUAGAGAAGGCCAGCAGUGAGAGUGUCAAGCUGGAUUGCCAGUUUUCUCUGGCCCCCGUGGACUCUGGCCCCCUGGACAUCGAAUGGAGCUUGUUGGCCUCCGAUAACCAGAAAGAGGACAAAGUGGUGAUCCUGUACUCUGGGGACAGGGCCUAUGAGGACUACUACCCUGCAGUGAAGGGGCGGGCCCACUUCAACUCACCCGACCCGAAGAAUGGCGAUGCUUCCAUCAACCUGACUGGUCUGAAGUCCUCAGACACGGGGACCUACCAGUGCAAGGUGAAGAAGGCCCCGGGCAUCCGCAGCAGAAAGAUGCUACUGACCGUCAUGGUGAGGCCGUCCAAGCCCAGAUGCUCUACUGAAGGCCCCACCCAGGAGGGUAAGGACGUGGUGCUGAGGUGUACAUCCAGUGAGGGGACCAACCCCCUGCAGUACACCUGGGAGAAGACCAGCGACAGCAAGAUUCUGCCUGCCUCAGCCGUGCUAGACCYUGUGGGAGGCACCAUGAAUGUAAGGAACGCGUCCAUCAGCUCCUCAGGAACCUACCGCUGCACUGCUAAGAACCACGUGGGCAUGGAGGAGUGUAUUCUACAGCUUGGCAUCACUCCUCCACCCAACACUGCUGGUAUCAUAGCUGGAGCCAUCAUCGCUGUGCUGCUGGCCCUCAUCAUCAUCGCCAUCGUCCUCUUCUGCUGCUGCCGCGCCCGCCACAGGAAGAAGUACGAGAAGGAGAUCUCUUACGAGAUCAGAGAGGACGUUCCCCCUCCGAAGAGCCGCGUGUCGACGGCUCGCUCUUUCACCAGCGUGGGCAGCCAGCGUUCCUCCCUGGGCUCCAUGUCCCCCUCCAACCUGCACGAGUACGCCCUCAAGCCCCAGUAUGACAAGAUCCCCUCCGUGGAGGAGUAUGAGAGGCCCCCCAGCCACACACCCCUGCCACCGCCUGUCGCCAGCAAGAUAGCCGGCCGUAACCUCAGCCGCAUGGGCGGCAUCCCCGUCAUGAUCCCCGCCCAAAACAAGGACGGCUCCAUUGUGUAAUGGAGAGAGAGAGAAGGAGAGAUGGAGGGGUGGGACUGGGGGACACUAGCCAGAGAGGAGGUGGGGGGCUGGUCUGGCAACUGGAGAAAUGAAGGGGUGGGACUGGGGGACACUAGCCAGAGAGGAGGUGGGGGGCUGGUCUGGCAACUGGAGAGAUGGAGGGGUGGGACUGGGGGACACUAGCCAGAGAGGAGGUGGGGUGGCUGGGCUGGGGACUGGGCUGACUGAUUUUAUGUCCUCCACCACUCAUCAGCUGUGGUGCCGUACUGAGGAGAAAAGAGAUGCAGUACUGUACCAUAUCACAUCAGGCCCACUAUGAACUAUUUACUGAAGGCAAAAAACAACAGAGCCUUUUAUGAAUUUUACUUCCUGAUCUUUCUGACAAGCAGAAACAAAAAUACUAGGGUGGCUAGCUACAUUUUAAUGGUCAAUUCAGAAAGGUUGCUUUGUACAUAGUUGAAUGCAUGGUGAUUUUUAAUCUAGCUGGCCCUGUCCAUAGAGAUGUGUGCAGAGCCGACCAAGGUCUCUGAUUGGCCUAUGGUGGGUUUGUACUGUGAAAGUAUGACAGCUGUAUGCGUGUGUUUCUGGGCGUGGGAAAUGUACAGUCCUACUCCACAGUCUUUGGAUGAAAUGCCAAAAAUAUAAUCAGACAAAAGUUUUUAUCAAAUCUCUCAGUAACAUUUUUUWAAAUAUUUUGCAUAUUUGACAAUAACCCCUCCACACACACACAUUUGUUGAAUCUAUUUUAAGAAUAGGGGUUGCUGAAGGGAUUUAAGAUUUCUGCUUUUCAAAUGAGUUUGUUGUCAUGUGGUUACCUUUUAUAUAGAUGUUCAUUCCACUGGUUGGACUGGCUGGUGUAAUGGGCAUGUUUGCCAGCCCUGAGAGCACUUGACCAGUUGAAUGGUGCAGCUUGGGCUGGGAGGGACGGACGGUCAGGGUUGGUUAACGGCACGGGAGGAGGGAGUUAAGCCACCCCAUCUUGUGAUUGGUGGAUUGUUGUUUCUUUGCCGGGCUUACACCCCAUCUUCUCCCUUUCUCCCCGCCCCUCUCUACAAGUUCCUAGAACAGGCAGUGUUUUGGAGAAUAGGGGUGUGUGGCUUCACUGAACAAUCAUAUUUGAUUGUGUUUGACUGCCACCAGCUCAGGCCCCCAACCCUUCUGACCCUACCAGUACACCCCUCCCCCAACACACAUUUCGUAUUAGCAGGAUGACCGCGGUUACACUGUUCGCUAUUAUUAACCAUCUCUGUUGUUUAACCAUCCAACCCAAAGGUCUCCCCACAGUCGUUCCCAGAAAACAUUCUGGAUUUGGAACCGCAUACCUAGGAUUCAAUAUCGCAAUGAACCACCUCUUUCAAUGGUCAUUAUUAAGUUUAGUGGUUCAUUCAGGCGUCACCAUUUGUGAAGGAUAAAUGAAGGAUGUACAUGUUUGUUACAGUAUGUUACAUGAUAUAUGGAAGGAAGUGGGUGUUAAGGGGAAGAAGUAAACAUUAGAAUACUGAGUCACAGGUGUUCACAGGUUUAGGCUGCACCUACAGUACAGUAACUGUUCUCUAGGGUUCCCAUGCUGUACCCUAGCUCUAUCAGUCAGUCAGUCACAACAGGCUGGUCCCAGUCUUACUCACAGCCCCAGUGCUUCUGCUCAGCCCAGAUGACUUGUUUCUGUGAUUGACAUCACUGUGCCUUGUCUGUACUGACUUGUAUCACACACACAUACUGUUGUAGCCACAGGCCCCUAAGUAGAUGUCUGUGUCUCAGUGGACACAGACACCUCCCUGGUUGUGUGCUAGCCUUUUAUCGUUGAUGUGCGCCAUACAUGUAUGUUUUGUAGCCAACUAUCAUUGCCAUGUAUGGUGCUUGGCACAAGAGUUGGCUUCAGUACAUAUAGUUUGGCUAUAAUGGAACUGUAGUACCAGGCCUACAUCAGGCAUAAUAACCAGUCCUCUUUACAUGGUUCUGGAUCCUGUGUAAUACUGCAUCGCAGUUUACAUUAGCUCUGUAUUUAAACUCUUGCAAUGUUUUAAAACAUUUCCCAAACAUUGAUUCAUACAGUUGUUGCUUCUUUUUUAAUUCAUUAUUUAAUGUUUCUGUUUUAUUUGUAUGAAGGAUUUGGUUGUAUGUGUAAAAGUGACACUAUCUCUAGAACUUAACCCACCACACUUACUCUAAUGCUCUGUAUGUAUAAUGAUGCUCUGCAGUACUUUGCUUGGUUAAUGUGUAUCUAUAACAUGAUCGCUGGGCGUUAUCAAUAACAGUAGAGGGUGAAACGCCUGCUCAUUCAGCUGGGCACUACUGUAGCUCUGUUUCAGGAUCCACAUUAGCAUCUUAGUUAGAAUGAAGAUUAAUGAUUAUUUGAUGGAUCAGCCAUGUUAUGGAUUGUAUAAGUUUGACAUGGAUGUGUGUGUGUCCAGAUUCUAAAUAGUAUACUAGCAUGGUUAUUGUAACAGAGCCCGAUUCUGUGUGUGAAUAGAAUGUAGUAGAUUUGGGGUGGAUGAAGUGGAGGUGAUGGGUGUAGAGCGCUUUCUGAAUUGUACAGUAGCCCCGCGCCUCUCCUCAUUGUGGCAGGUGUAACUUCACACCCAUGGGACAGCAGCCACAUCCUCCUGCUGCACCGAGGCAGGAUGUGAAGUA